AUGAUUGAUCAAGACAUUAACCAAAGUAAAUACAACGAAUUACGAAAUAUCUGUAAAUACCACAUCGAUUCAUAUAAUGCGUUGUAUCAGAUAAAAUCGGAAAAUGAUGAAGAAUUAAACACCAUUUACAAUAUGAUCAAAACAGAAAUGAUUGAUUCGCAGAAACAUCCUCCUUUAGAUAUUAUAAAAGAUAUUUUGAGUAUUAUUCCGUAUAAUAAUCGCUAUGCAAAGUCAUAUUUGUAUCUUGCCAAACUAAUUUUUGAUAAUUGUCAUGUCAAAGACAUAGACAUUGUUGAGGAUAUUUUAGACUCCAUGUUUGAUAAUGGGGGUUUGAUUAGAUUAAACAAAUAUAAAGUUUUCGAAGAAAUAAAAUCAAAAAUUAUCGAUAAUCAUGCAAAUAAAACAAUUUUCAGAGCAAUUAUGUAUAAUGACUUAGAAAGCUUCAUCUUUUUUACUGAAAGAGAUGGAUUUGAUAAAGAUCAAACCCGGGGAUAUAAUUAUAAUUUGUAUCCUUAUGAUAAUAAAGGAUAUUCAUUUCUUGAAUUAUGUUGUUACCACUGA